AAGCCAAAACUCCUCAAUCCCAUUCCUCUUUCACAAAAAAUGACACACAUUCCAAUUACCCAACAAAAACAAUCUAACCAAAAAUCACCAAAACAUACUCAUCUCCUCUUCCUCAUUCCUCUUCUCUAUUUCAUUCCUUUCUCUCAUUCACUUUCCGAAACAGAUUCCCUUCUCAAACUCAAAAACUCAUUUACACAAACCAAUGCUCUCGCUUCAUGGCUUCCUAACUCUUCCCCCUGCUCGUCUCGGUGGGCAGGGGUAAUGUGUUUCGACGGAAUCAUUACCGGUCUCCAUCUCACCAACAUGGGUUUAUCUGGGAAGAUUGAUAUUGAUGCUUUGAAUCAAAUUUCGGGUCUUAGAACAAUUAGUUUCAUGAAUAAUAACUUCUCCGGUUCAAUACCGGAGUUUAACAAGCUUGGAGUUUUGAAAUCUUUGUUACUUAGUGGGAAUGCUUUUUCCGGUGAUAUUCCUUCUGAUUUCUUCUCCCAUUUGAAUUCUCUUAAGAAAGUUUGGCUUAAUGAGAAUCAAUUCACCGGAAAUGUGCCGGAAUCUCUUGGCCAAUUAACUCAUCUCAUAGAACUUCAUUUGGAGAACAAUCAAUUCACAGGCUCAAUUCCUGUCUUUAAACAGAGUAUUAAUUCACUUGACUUAUCUAAUAACAAGCUCGAGGGUGAAAUUCCGGUCAUCUUUUCCUCUUACAAUGCUAGUGCUUUCGCCGGAAAUGAUGGUCUUUGCGGUAAGCCAUUGGACAGAGUUUGCUCCACUGUACAAACCCAAUCGCCGGCUCUGCCAGCUGCCACCGAAAAUUACACAAAUGACAACAGAUUAGUCGUCGGCGGAGUCGUGGCUGCCAUGAUCAUUGUCUUAAUAUAUGCUCUGCUUAGCUCAAAGAACAAUAUUGAAGACGAUUUUAGUCAGUUGGGGAGGGAAACCACAGACGGCGUGGUUGAAGUUCACGUGCCUAGCUCUAACCGGAGGAAUUUGGAUUCAUCCACCCAGAAGGGCAGCGAUGGUGGUGGUGGAGAUUUGAUAAUGGUGAACGAUGAAAAGGGUAGUUUUGGGUUGUCUGACUUGAUGAAAGCGGCGGCGGAGGUUCUUGGUAAUGGCGGGUUAGGUUCGGCCUAUAAGGCUGUGAUGUCGUUUGGGUUGUCUGUGGCGGUGAAGCGGAUGAGGGAGAUGAAUAGAUUAGGAAGAGAUGGGUUUGAUGCCGAGAUGAGGCGGUUCGGUAGACUCCGCCACCGGAAUAUAUUGACUCCGUUGGCUUACCAUUACCGGAGAGAGGAGAAAUUGUUAGUCUCUGAGUAUAUUCCUAAAGGCAGCCUCUUAUACGUUAUGCAUGGAGACCGGGGAACCAGCCAUGCAGAGCUCAACUGGCCAACUCGUCUAAAGAUAAUCCAAGGAAUCGCGAGAGGAUUAGGAUUCCUAUAUACAGAGUUCUCAAACUACGACCUUCCCCAUGGAAAUCUCAAGUCCAGCAAUGUCCUUUUGAACCACGACCACGAACCAGUCCUAAGCGACUAUGCAUUUCACCCCUUGAUGAGUCCCACCAACGCAGCUCAAUCCAUGUUCGCCUACAAAACCCCAGACUACGUCAAGUACCAGAGAGUCUCACAAAAGACCGAUGUAUACUGUCUCGGCAUUCUCAUUCUCGAAAUCCUUACUGGGAAAUUCCCUUCUCAGUAUCUCAACAAAGGCAAAGGUGGAAUCGACAUUGUUCAGUGGGUUUCUUCGGCAGACAAGAUUGUGGAGAGGGAGACAGAGUUGCUUGACCCAGAAAUUGCUUCUGGGAAUGCUGCUAAUUCCAAUGCGAUUAACCAAAUGAUUGAACUCCUUCGUGUUGGAGCUGAUUGUGUAGAGAGUAAUCCACAAGAACGGAUUGAUAUGAAAGAAGCCAUUAGAAGGAUAGAAGAAGUGCAAGUUUGAUCUUCAAUGAUUUUCGAUUGGAGAUGUAUAGUUAAUUUCUGUGGGUUGGGAUUUUGUGCACCUUUCUUCAAAAUUGUAAAGUUUGGAUUUUUAUUCUCUUUUUGAAAUUAAUUUUACACUAGAGAAUUAAACCGCGCAUCGCGCGGACUUUGUAAAUUAGUUUGUAAAUAUUGCGAAACUUUUAUAAUUUUUUUUUCAGAUAAUAUAAUAUUAUCCGUAUA